UUGUUAUAAUAAAUAAUUAUUAAUUUCGUAUAUAAAAUGAGUUUGUUAGAUUCUAUUAAAUCUAAGAAGCAGUCCUUGAAGAGUACAGACACUAUAGUGACUCUUGCGGACGGGAAAAAACUUAGGGAGACUAAAGACAAAACCGAAUUUUUAGGCAUAAGUUGUGGAUUUGUUGUAGACACAAAACCGGAUAAAAUACCAGCAAAAAUUAUACCCAAUUUGUAUUUAGGUGCACAAGAUUGUUGUGAGAGAGAAGUUUUAGAUAGUUAUAAUUUGCAAUUUGUUUUAAGUGUAGGUAUAGAGCCUCCUGUAAAGUACGAAAAUGUUAUUUAUAAGUAUAUAGAGUGUUUAGAUUUACCUGAUACUAAUAUAAAAGACGUUUUGAAAUGUGGCUGUUCCAACUAUCGAUGAAAAUAUACUUGAAAAUAAUAUUUUGGUGCACUGCAAUGCAGGGGUCAGCCGAUCAAGUUCUGUUGUUAUUGGGUAUCUUAUAUUAAAAAGGGGAUUUAAUUAUGAAUCUGCCUUAAAAGCUUGUAAAGAUGUAAGACCUUGUGUUAGACCAAACGAUGGUUUCGAAAAACAGUUAAAAAUGUUAAAUAUUGGCAUGAGUUGAUUGUAGUGCUGUAAUAUCCACUACCCAGAAAGAAGGAAUGUUUAGCUUUUGGUACUUUUUGACAAAAAAAUACACUUCAGGCUUUAUAUCAUUCUUAAAAAUGUUUUCAAAUCCUAUGUAGGCAAUCCAUUGUUACAUCUCCAAAACAUUAAAGACCAAAUCGAAGCUUAAAUUUGAGCUCUUAAGAAGUUCUUAAGUUAUUUACAUAUUUCUUCUUCUUGCUUCUUGAUACUUACCAAAUUACCUGUUUCAGUCCCUGCUUACACCAUCGCUACACCUUUUUCGGUGAUGACAUACGUCCCGAUGUUCGGUUUGUAAUUUACCUCGAGCUAUUCUCAUUACUCUUCUUCAAUUAUGUUUGUAUUCAUUCUACACUUUCUUAAGAACCAUAAGUUACUAAUACAUUCGACCUUGCAUUGUGCCUUAUGUUUUCGCUUCUUUCUUUGUCUACAUAUAUCUUUUGCUCUCUUUCGCUCAAUAUUCUAUUGGGUUUUGAUGUUUUGGUUAUAGCUUCUGCAUUAUGUUGUUAUUGUGGGUCUCUUAAUUUGAUUUCAAUGCUAAUUUUUGGUUUGUCCAUUGUAUAAUGUAGCUUAGAAGCUUUGCCAAAACAUGAUAUUUUCAUACCUAAAAGUUUUAAUCUAAUUUCUUGCUUGACCAUAAUUAUUAUUCCAUCUACCUCAAGCUUGUAUCUCAAAAGUAUCUUUGAUUUUAUCCCGCAUUUUGAUUCAGAGGUGGAAAUCCGAAUUUUAAAAGAUUUGGCUUUUUAUUACACUGGUAUCAAAGCAAUUGCCAGAUGGUUUUGGUUACAACCUACUAGUAUAAUUAAUCUUUUACAUAACAUAAGCUGUUAAUCUCGUUUUGUACGUAUUGUGUCCAUGAUGAUAUUGGAUAGAAGGCAGCUCCAUACGUCUCUCCCACUAAUCCUAUUCCCAGACGGUAUUCCCAUACUGAGUAAGUUUCGAGUUUAUCUUGGCUUGAAUCCGAUUAGGUACAUGUUUAAAAUUAAUACAAUUCUUGAUAUGGAAAUGCUGUUUUAUCCCUCAUUUUAUGGACAAGGCAAUGAAGCAGUAAACCUAAAAAAAUUGCAGUUGGAUGGAUCUCAAUCACACUUGUUGCAUUUGUAUUAGUGUCAUGAAAUUUUUUAAACAAAAAUCAUGACAUGGAAAUGAAAAUCGUAUUCUUGAACAAGGAAAAUGUAUUUUCCAAAGUGCAUUUUGAAGUGACGAAAAAUGAUGAAUUUGUAAUUCGGAAAUAAUUGAUGAAAAUUAGUUCAGCAUUAGUACUCAGAAGUUUUUGACUUCACUGAACACGAAUAUUAUGACGGCGAUACAAAAUCAAUGCAUUCGGUACUCGGGAGUUUUUGGGGUCGCUGAUCACGAAUAUCAUGAUGGUGAUGAUCUCCGAUCUCCAUGGUGCCCGUGACGGGUUUCGUCUCAUAAAGUUUUAUGGAAAUUCUAUACAAAAUCAGUGCAAAUUCGUUACUUGAGGGUUUUUGCUUCGUUGAACACAAAUAUGCCAACAAUGGUGUGCUCAUUUCCGUCAAUUAUUUCUAAUUUACAAAUUUGUUCUUUUUCAUCACUUUGAAAAAUGUGUUUUUCUUAUUCAAUAAUGCAAUUUUUAUUUCCACAUCAUAUUUUUUGUUCUCAAAAUUUCGAGAUACUCUUACGAAUCGAAUGCAACAGGUUUCAUUCAGAUCCUGUUUCAAUGCCUCGCCUCUUUUCAAAUAAUAAUCGUACGAGACGUUGGAUUUCUGUGGAUAGGUGAGAAAUUACACCGUGGUUUAAGAUUUAUUAUGCUUUUAUAUAUCUAAAAUAAUUAAAUGUAAUGUUUAAUACAUCAAUAAUACCAGCCAAUUAUUUAUUGUUUAAAAAAAUGUAAUAUCAAAUUUAUUUUAUUGUAUAUGAUUUAUGGGAAAUGGUUAUUAAUCUAAUAAAUUUUUGUAUCAA